CUCUCAGUCUGACACGACACGAACAUGGAAAGUAAAUAUAUUCAGAACAAGGAUGAGCUAAACACAUGACACGCACACAAUCUCUCCGAUCUUUUUCUUCUGAUGAUGAUGAUGGAGACCCAUUAGAACAUUGCAGAAGACGACACCUCUCUCUCUCUCUCUCUCCUGCGAGUUUUGUCUUCUACUCAAUGGCUCCAAUACAAGACACUGCACCGUUUCGCUUUUCUCGUCUCGUCCCACGGUAGAUCGAUUUCGGUGGUUGCCCAUUCUCUCCCACGCCCAACCCAUUCCAGAAUUGCUUCUCUAUCCCCUUCUGCCGGCCGCCAGGAGGUGUUCGCAGUUUCUCUCUCUUACAGUGUACGAGGUGGUCAGUUGCCAUUGCUUGUUCUUCCGAUUCUCCAUGUCUGUGCUGUAUCUAAAUUUGUUUCUGCAUAUGCGGUGUUUCUUUCCCUUAGCUGUUUGUCGGUGUUCUCUCUUCUUGUUGUCAUUUUUCCACUCAAUUACGCGUCUGCUACUGAUUUUUUCGCCUUUCCUGUGAAUUCGCCGACAUCGUUAGACUUGUAUAUGGAUCUCUCGGGUGCAAAUCUUGCCAUCUCUUUGAACCAAAACAUUUCCUUUGAUUUGUCGAGUUCUUUUCGUCGAGAAUUUGCUUUCUGUAUCGAGUUCGCCAAUUCAAAGAUCGAAACUUUCUCCAGUAAAACUGGACAAGGCCGGGUCUGUGAUCCUGCGCAUAUCACUUCUACUUCAGAAAACCAUUGAAUGACAUCCAUAUUGAGGGGCAUAAAAAGGGUUGAAAGAGAAAAUGUUGUCCACCAAUUCAAGAUCAAAACUUUCUUCAAUAAAACUGGACAAGAUCGGCUCUGUGAUCCUGCAUAUCAGUUCUACUUCAAAAAGCCACUGAAUCACUUCCAAAUUGAGGGGCUAAAAAGGGUUGGAAAAGGAAAUGCUGUCCUGUGAUCUAGUUCUGAGUUAUGAUUGCCUGACUGUCAGUGUUGUAAUUGGCAGUGAUUUAGUUCGCAUCAGAUGGUGGUGGAGACUAGAAGAAGCGGCGGCGGCACCGAGCUGGUUCGGAAAGUAGUACUGGGAAUAGGGUACUGGGUUCAGGGGCUGAGGUGCUUCCCAUGGAUGACUGUCAGCUUCUUCCUUAAGGAUGGCCUCAAUGUGGAUCCCUCCACCCUCCAGAUCCUCCAGAACUCGGCCAACCUUCCCAUGGUCGCCAAGCCUCUCUAUGGGGUGGUAUCCGACGCGUUUUAUAUUCGGGGCCAACACCGCCUGCCCUACAUUGCUCUCGGAGCAUUCUUGCAAGCAGUGUCCUGGUUAGCCAUAGCAAUUCUCUCCCCAUCAAGUAUAACGAUCAUCUCGAUUUAUCUCCUCCUAAGUAACCUCGGCGCUUCAAUAGCAGAGGUAGCAAAUGAUGCCAUUGUAGCAGAGGUAGGAAAACAGCCUGCUUCGUCUUCAAAGAAGACUAGGUCGCCUUCGUCCGGUAACCUCCCAUCAUUUGUUUGGAUGGCUUCCUCUGCCGGUGGUGUCCUUGGGAACCUUCUCGCCGGGGUUGCUAUUGGGAGAAUUUCUCCGCAGAUAAUGUUUCUGUUUUUUGGCCUUCUCCUCGCAGUGCAGUUUCUUGUUACAAUCAGUGUCCAUGAAAGCGCUCUUGACCUCCCUAAAACUGUGACCAAAGCAGGGAUUAGGAAGCAGCUUUCCGAUCUCUUGUCUGCACUAAAAAGACCUGAGAUUGCUAAUUCCAUAAUCUGGCUUGCAGCAUCCCAUGCAGUUAUUCCAGCUCUCACUGGGACCAUGUUCUUCUACCAAACACAGUAUCUCAAGAUCGACACAUCGGUAUUGGGGAUCUCUAAAGUGUUUGGCCAAGCCGCAAUGCUCCUGUGGGGUAUGGUUUAUAAUCGUCAUCUGAAAUCAGUCCCACCAAGGAAACUGAUGUCUGCAAUUCAGGCCAUGAUGGCCUUGUUCAUGGUUUCAGAUAUUCUCUUCGUCAAGGGUGUCUACAAAACAAUGGGAGUUCCGGAUUCAUUGUAUGUGGUCAUCUUUUCGGGGGUCUUGGAGGUUCUCUUCUUCUUCAAAAUUCUACCCUUCAGCGUCCUAAUGGCGCAACUCUGUCCACCGGGGUGUGAAGGAUCUUUAAUAGCUUUCGUCAUGUCGGCCAUCGCCUUAGCAUUAAUAAUCAGUGGAUUCCUUGGUGUUGCGCUUGCAUCAUCUGUUGGUGUCACAGGAGAUGAUUUUUCAGGACUUCCACUGGGUCUCGCAAUACAAGCGGUUUGCACGCUGUUGCCGCUAUUUCGAUCAUCGUGGAUCCAUGAUGAUACAAGAUCCAAACCCAGGAGUAAAGAGGAGUAGUUUCUAUAGUAGUGAUGCUUCAUCACUUGCAAUUCUUUUACACGAUUCAAUUAGAUAUGCAUCAAUAAACUGUCACAUAGGGAUAUUUAGGUGGUAGACACUAUGAGCUGUCGUUGUGACAAGGUGUAUCUUUGUAAUUAGUCCUCCUGAAGCUGUCGUCAUCUCCUUCAAAGGUUUAAAAGAUCUCUCUCUCCAACAAAGGUAAGAAAGAUUUCUUUAUCCAAUGUCGUUGACACGAUCAUUUAUUGAGCCCUUGAUCGAAUAGAAUCUAGUACUGAAGCAAA